AUGACCAAUUCAAAAGAAAGACUUAUUAAGUGCUAUAUUCAUCUUUAAUUUCAGCUGCAUUUCAGAAAUGGCGAGGUCAUCAAACUUGACGGAUACUCUACUUAUUCGAAUCGCAUAAAUAGAACCUCCUCCAUUUUGUCAAUUUUUUUAUUCGCUCCUUUUAGAAUUGUUAGGAAUAACAUCAUUUAUUGCACUCUGUCUGUAAUUUCUUUGAUUUUACUUGCUUCUAUUUGGUCUAUGUAAUUUUCAAACUAUAGUAGAGAUUCAGCACAAUAUGAAUUUUAUUUCAUCCUUUCUUUUUAAUUUUUUGCACAUAUAAGUGUUGAAUUGUAUAAUAAAUACAGAAUUAAUGGUCUAGAUAUUAAAUUAAACAAUCAAGAAAAUAAAAUAUUAAAAUAGUGGGAUGAAUGUAUAAGCAAUAAAGAGAUAUUAAAGCGAAUCAAAUAAAAGGCAUCUUAAAAACCUAAGAAUGAAGAAAUUAAAGAAAAGGAUCGUAUUAUACCAAUUAAAAAUGAUCACACUAUAAAGAAUGAUUAAUUAUAACGUUAGUUGAGUUAAAAAAGUAGAUCUUCUGGAAGUAUUAAUUUCAACUUUUUUUUUAAAUAGUUUAAUCUUAAUUUUCUAGAUAAUCAAUUAAUUAAGGUCUUCAUGCAGGAUCUCCAAGAUAAGAUAGAUUUGAUAGAAUGGGAUCAAGAGUAUCAAUGAUGAGUCCACUUAUUCAUGAAGACAUGGUUAUUAAAAAUGAAUUAAAAAUAAAAUUGGUAUAGGAUCCAGCAAUUAGAAAAUUCAUGCAAAAAGUACCUUGUAUAUUUGAGAAACAUACAUCUAGAUCAAAAAAGAUUAUUGAUUUUAAAACUAUUAAUACAUCUGAUAAAAUGGAUCUCAUUAAAUCUAUAACUGCAGCUGAAAUUAAAAUAGGAGAUGUUGUUAUUGUAGAAAGAAAUCAAAUAGCUUCUUGUGAUAUACUAGUCUUGUAUUGUAAUGAUGAAAAUUUUGCUAUUUCAUAUCAAUUAUGCGAAUAUUCAAACACAACCAUUAGGAAACCUUUAGUUUAAAAUAAAUGUAAAAAAUAAAUAUUAUUUAUUUCUAGUUGAUUCCCAUAAUCUUGUCUUAUUCAAAAAGUCUUUUACUGGCAAUAUUUAAUUAAAUGAAAAUGCAAACAAUAUUUCAGGAUAUUUCUAGCUAAAAAAAGAUCCAUAAUCCAAAAUUAUAGAAGAUCAAAAUUUUAUUUUUGCUCAAGAAAAAUUAUUAAACACUCCUUGGGUAAUUGGAAUAGUGAUUUAAGUUGGUUUGAAUUGUCGUUGUUACAAAUAAUUUAAAAUUAGACCAUAAGUUCCUAAUUAUUCAUCAAGAUUACUCAUAUCAAUGAUUUUUCUUUAUUUUGCUUUUUUAAUUGUAAAUUAUUAAUAUUCUAUUAGAGUUAAUGUACAUUAUCACAUAUUAGAAUAGCUAUGUCAAUGAAUAUUUAGAUAUCAUAUCCUUAUUAAUUUAAGAUUUACUUUACUUACUAUUUUUAUUACCUCAUAGUUUCAGAUUCUAUUAUGAUCUAAUUUAAUUAUUCUAAUAAAGCAUUAUUUAUAAGAUAAGUUAAUUGGAUCUAAAAUAAAUCAAAGCAUUUCAUCCAGAAUACUAUCAAUAAUAUAAGCGUUUGACAAUGAAUUUAGAUUCAUUACUAGAGGGAACAUUUGAAUUAAGGGCUAUUAUAUGCAAUAAUCGAAUUUGCCAUUGUAGAGAACAAGAUUUAAUGCUUUAAGCACAAGUAUAUGCAACUUCAAUCUCAAGCUAAAAUAUUUUUAAGACUGCUGAUUCUAAAGAUGAUUCUAAAAUUGUUGAGAUUUAAGCAUCUUACAAUAAUCAAAUAUAAAAUCCUAAAUAAUAAAAUAAUACAUAAAAUUCUGGAAGAUAUUUAGAAGAUGAAAUCUUUAGUUAUGAAGCUUAAGAAGAAAUGGUUCUUAAUAUGCCUUAAUCUGUUGGUUUUAGAUUAAUUAGUAAUUUUACAAAUAAUGAUAAUACUCAAUAAGAAUGUAAUGGACUUAUAUAGCAUUAAAGUAUUAAUCCAGAUAAAAGUGAAUAUUUACAGAAAUCAACCAUUAAUAAAGUUCAUCUUUCAAUGUAAAGCAAAAGUGCUAAAUAGGCAACUCUAAAGGAUAGCAGAUAUGAUAAAAAAUCCAUUUUAUUAAAUGAUUUAAUCAAAAUAAUUACUAGCGAAGAUGAAAUCUAUAAUGUUAUUUUGCUUUAAUUAGCAUUGAAUCAUAUUUCAUAUUCCAAACUUAGGUAUACUUAGACAGGAGAAGAAAAAGUUAAAAAUACCUAAGUUAAUUUGUUGGAUGAGAAACAAAUUUAUAUAGCAAAAGCAUUUGGAUUCGAAUUCAUUUGUGUUAAUAAUGUUUAGUAAAUAUAUAUAAAUAUAAUUAAUUUAGAAAUAUUUCAACAUAUGUUGUUUAAAUCAAUUAAAAACUUUACUCAUUUAAGUUAAUUGAUUUUCAAAUUCAUCAUCAUACUCAAAGGCUCUAUAUGUUAUUUGAAUUAGAUCCUGAUUUUGAAAAACCAUUAAAUGCUGAAUAUAUUUUAUUAGUAAGAGAAUCUAAUUAUAAAAAAUCUGAUAUUUUAGAUGAAAAUAAAUUAAUUCAAAGAUCAUCUAUUCAUUUAUUACAUCAGACAGAUUUAGAGUAACUUCAUUAAAUUCAUUAUUAUUCAUGUCUUCUUAAUCAAGAAGAUGCUGCAUAUUAUGUUAAUUAAUAAUAACUACAAUAUUAAAACACUAUUGAAAGUGAAGAAUUUAUUUAUAAUUAUUUAGAACCUUUUUUGUAAUUUAAUAUUACAUUAGGCUUUAAAUAUAACUUAAAACCAAAAGCUUAAGAAUUUAUACGAAAUUUUGAAAAAUCGGAAUAAUCACUAUUAUUUUACACUGAAUAACGCUUUUCUUAUGCUUACUCUAUUAUUCAUUAGACAGAUAUAUCGAAUCAUUUUAAAUUAACUUUUGAUUAAGAUAACGAUGAUGAUUUAAGAGCUUACCUCAAGAAAUCUUUAUAGUAAUUCACAUAAUUAUUCUCUGAUUCAAAUUGUGUAUCAAAUUCCUAAGUUCAAUCUUUUAAUAAACUAAUCAACCCAAUAUCUUCUUAACUUUCAAACAAAAAAGUAUAAGAGGAUUUAAAUGCAACACCUCCAAUUACAAUAAUUUUGAACAGUUAAGCUUGCAAAAUUAUGUAAAAUAAUAUCUAUAUGACUAAUCAUAUGAAAUUGUUAUUUUCUUUAGCAAAAGUAACACUAUUAUAUGAUGCAAAUACUUAAUCUUUGAAUUUCGUAUAAAAUUUGUUUGAUGAACCAAAUCUAACAUUAAAUUUAAUAUUUGAAAAUCAAACUUUAUUAAAAUGUCAUUAAGGAUAGCAUUUAUAAAUUGCAUUAUUAUAAGAAUUUAGUUACUUUUAAAAAGUAAAGUAUGAAAAUAUCAACAAACAAACUUUCUUCAAAAAUAUGAUAUAAUCCCUUAAAGUUAGAUUAGUUUAUGAAAGAUGUAAUAAAUUUAAAUUAUGAAAUUAGGUCUCUUUAAUGAAUUAUUAAUCUAUCAUAAUACUGAUGCAAUACUACAAGGAUUUAAUGAACUAAAUGAACUCCUAUUUUAUUAUGUUCCUUUAUUAAACAUCUUAACUAAAUAUUAGUUUUUGAUUGCUUUUCAGAGAACUAUAUAUUUUUCAUCUUUUACUAUUACAAUUUACACAACCAGCAUUUGGUUUUUCAAUAAUUAAAAGAAUUUAAUAGUGGAAUUUUUAUUUUAUUCUUAUAUUUAUUCCUUAAUUAUGUAUAUUGCAAUUACAAUACAAUUUAUUAAAUAUCAAGAUAUAAAUACUAAAAGAGAUUAAUAUUAAUAGAAAAUCAUAGAAUCAAUAAUUAGUUAAUCAAAAAAUAAAUCCCAUUAUAUUUAAAUUGCUAUUAAAUGUAAAUUAUUAUUUUAAUUUUAGCAAUUAUACAAGGCAUAUUGACUUAACUGAUAUUUACAUAUUAAAGUUAAAUUUAAUCAGUUGAAGUUGUUAUUGUUUAUUGUUUUCUUUCAAUAACUCUGAAUGAUUUAAUAAGUUUACUACUUUAGAUAGGUUAUUAAUUAAAGAUUGUUGUCUUUAUAAUUUACAGUCUAUCAUAUUUAUUUUAUUUAUUACUUCAUUUUAAUAUUAUGGCUCCAAAUUUAGAGUUUAAAUUUGAAAUUUCAAACUUUUUUGAAAUAUUAUUAGUAAUAUUGAUAUUUUAAGUAAGUGAAUAAUUUUUUUAACAUCAUUUUGUUUUAUAAGUACCUUAAAUGAAAGGAUUAUUUCAAUAGAUAGCAAAUUCAAUAAAUCGUCAAAAAGAAUCUAUUAACUAUAAAUCAACAUAAAUUUUAAAUUUGUAAAGGGAAAUAAAUAAAAUUUUUGAGAAUAUUGAAUAGGUGGAUUUUAAUCUAUAAAAGCGUAAUUUAUUAUAAUAUCAUUAAGUUUUGCUAAGCUAAAAAUAAUUGUUUUAAAACUUAGGUUAAUGGUAAUCCUAAAUAUUCCAAAAAGCAUAAUCAAUAAUGAAAUGGAAAAAGAAAUCAAGAAUUCAAGGAUUAUAGUUAAUUUUCUUUCAUUGUCAAAUGCUCAUUAUUAUUUAUUCUUAAUCUGAUACUAGUUACUAUUUUCUCAUCACCUACAUAGUUUACUAAAUAUUUUUAAUAGUGAUAUUUGUUUUUCAAUUACUUUAUCAUUUGAAUUCAAGAUAGAUGCAAUAUUUAGAAUUGGUUAAAUACAUGAUGUCAGGAAUAGUCACAUUAAUAGCAGUAUUAGGAUUAUCUGUAACUGAAAUGUCAUCUUAUUAUCAUUCAUUUUCUGAAAUCAUUGUGACUUUUUAAAUAUCAAGUAAACUUCAUCCGAUUUAUGAUAAUCGAUUGUAUCUAAUACCUAUAGUUAUUGUUUUAAUAGCCUACUUUAUUAUGUAAGAUCAUAAUUAUUAUAUAAAGUUUUUCAUUAAAUGUUGAUAUAACUCCUUACUUUGUAAUCAUUAAGAUUUCCAUGAUAUUAUUCUUUUCUGUUCAAUAAUAUUUAAUUAAAAGCUAUGUAAUUAAUAAAAAUAUAUAUAUAUAGUUUAUAUUACUUGAAGAGGAUUAAGCUACAAACUAAAUAAAUUUUAUUGAAGAGAACAAUAAAAUUAAUGAUAUUUUGGGAAUUUUAUUGCCUAAAUUUGUAAGACAUCGUCUAAAUGAAAGUAAAUUAAUUUUAAAGUGUAUUAGCUGGCCAAUAUAACAUUCAUUAAAAUUAGGGAAAUGUAGCCAUUGUAUUUUGCGAUAUUUGCAAUUUCGAUUAAAUUAUCAUGGAAGAACAAGAAAAUAUCAUACCAUUUUUGGAUGACUUAUUUCGAACAUUUGAUAAAUAUUGUGAAAUAUGUGGUGUUUAGAAAAUUGAAACUGUUGGUAAAACAUACAUGGCUGCAGCUGGCCUUAAAGCUUGUGAAUAAGAAUUAGCAUAUCUAUCAGAAAUUCAACCAGUUUAAAGAGCUUUAAAUUUGGCUGAAAUGAUGAUUACAUAUAUAAGAUCAAAAUUGUAUCAUUAAUUAAUUAUCUUAGAUGGGGUCAUUAAAGUUAGGCUUUAAUUGGUAAAAUUGGGAUUCAUUAUGGCAGAGCAAUUUCUGGUGUUAUAGGAUUUCACAAACCAUAAUUUUCAUUAAUUGGUGAUACUGUCAAUACUACAAGUAGAGUAUGUUCAACAGGCUAAGAAGAUAAAAUUACAUUAUCAGAAAGGGCCUUUGAAUAAUUAAAAAAUGAUAAAAUAGAGUUUGAAGUGAGAUAUGUUGAAAUGAAAGGAUUAGGCUAAAGGCCAACAUAUGUUUAUGUCUAGAAAGGAAACACAAAAAAUUAUAUUGCAAAAAGUUCAAUUAAUAAUAGUAACAGUAACAGCAGAUAAAAUACAAUGAACAUAGCAAAUAGAGUAAGGACUUAAUCAUUACAAAAAGGAGGUUUUAAAAAGAGAUCUAUUGAUAUCCAAGAUCCUUUAAAUUAACGUUCAAAAUAAUUAUUACAAUUUUAAUUAUCAUGGAACUUCUAAUAAUAAUAAAAUGGUUAAUAGAAUUCUUAAUCUUUAUCAGAAGAAAAUAGCAUAAAAAAUGGAUUAUAGAAUUCUUUAUCCAUUAACAAUCUUAAUCAUUUAUCGUAAGAUCAUGAUCAUGAAGAUAAAUUAACUAGGAAUAUCAAACAACCAGAACUUAUUUAACAAUUAGCAAGUGUAUUUCAUCACAAAUUUCAUUUAGAAGAGUAUCAACCUGAAGUAGAUCAUUAUAUAGAUUACGAUUAAUUAUUAGUAAUUAUUAAUAUUAUAAAUUUAGAAUGUUAUUUUACUUAAGAAUGAGAAUGGCUUAGAAGAAACCCUAAUUCUUUAAAAUUCUUUUCUAUCAUUGCUAAAAAGAUCAUAUAAUUCUAAUAAAAAUAAUUAUUUAGAAUAUCAUUAAUAUAUUUAUAAAUAAUCUGAGUAAGUGACGAAUAAAAUAAUUUAAAUUUAUUCAUUAUAUUACUUGAUUAAACAAUUUUGCUUGAUUGGAGAAUAUAAUUUUAUUUCAUUACCUUUGAUAAUACUAUAAUGGAUUGGAUGUGCACUAAAUAUUAUAUCUUUGAUGAUGUACAAAAAAAGAAUGAUAAACUAUUGGGUAUAAUUGAUUUAUGUAGGAUUAAGUUUUUAACUUAUCAUUGCUGGUAUAUUUGUGAUUGUGGAUAUGUCUUUGUUUUUAAGAUAUUCUCACAUUAUAGAAAUGAUAUUUGUUCAAUCGUUUUUUAGCAAUAUAUAAUUGUUGCAUUUUUGGAUUAAAAUAUUAUUUUGCAUUUGCUCCUUCAUUUUUGAAGCCUUAGUCUUGAUUUUUUGGAAUGAACAUAGUAUAUCACUCUUUUUUGCCUUCAUAGUGAUGAUCUAUAACAUAAAUUAUUGCUACUUUUUGGAGGAGCAACAAGUGGCUUGUUUCAAUUAGAAAAAUAUCUUUUAAAGUCAAUAAGCUAAAGAAUCCCAGUUAUUAUAGUAUCUUCUUCCUAAACAUGUAAAUCUUAAUUAUAUUUGAUAGAUUUUACAAACAUUUCUUGAUGAUAAUAAUAGAACAAGAUGUUUAAGUGAUAAAAUAGAAAAUGUUACUAUUUUAUUUGCUGAUAUUGCUGGAUUCACUGAAUAUUCAAGUAAGGUUACACCUGAAGAAGUCUUGCUUAUGCUUAAAAAUCUAUUUGUUGAAUUUGAUAGAAAAUGCUAUGAAUUGAAUGUUUAUAAAUUAUAUACAAUUGGCGAUUGCUAUGUAGCAUUUGGUAUGAUAGAUUACAAUGAAAGAAACCCUGCAGAAGAAGCCAAAAAUAUUGUCGAUCUUGCAUUCGAAAUGAUAAGAAUUAUAGAAGUUGUUAGAAAGCAAAUCAAUUUUGAUGGACUUGAUAUGAGAAUUGGUAUACAUACAGGUUGUGUAUUUGGAGGAGUUAUGGGAACAGAUAUAGUUAGAUAUGAUAUCUAUGGACAAGAUGUUUUAAUUGCAAAUAAAAUGGAAUCUAAUGGUAAAAAGGGAUAGGUUCAUGUCAGUGAAGUUACUAAACAACUGCUUGAGUAAGAUUAUGAAGAUAUUUAUUCUUUUACUUUCAAUACUAAAGUUACACUAAAUGCAAUUAACAGAAGUAUAGAUGGCUACAUCAUUGAAAGUUUAGCAGAAGAUGAUUUUCCAUCAGAUUAAAUUAAUUCUUAAUAAAUUUAAGUAUAAUCUUUGCAUUCAGAACAUUGA